GAACUUGCGAUCUGUUUGGAAGAUAAAGUAAAAAGUCACAUGUUUCUUUGGUCGAUGGUGGCCAGCACAUGACAGACCAAACUUAUAAUACGGAAUUUAAAAAUCCAAGUCUUCACCGAGAUUCAAACCCGAAACCCCUCGGUUCGAAAGCCAUGCGCUUUACCCUUCAUCCACGACUUGCCCUUUUAAUUUUAUAGAAGCUAUAAGAUAUUUCAGCAGAACAGAUGAUCAUCGUUUCAUAUAAACAUCUUAUAUUUUGCGGCUUAGCAACCACGAAUUUAAGAGAAGAGAAGAUAGUAUUAUAUAGACCUACGCUAAUUGACAGUGAAACAAGCCGAAUUAAUACAGUCUUAAGUUGCUUAUAGAAAUUGGACGUAGGUAAGAGGCUCCAAAGGAUGUACCAUUAUUUGAUUGUAGGUCUGUAGGUCUGGAAAUUUUAAGUUUUUUUUUAGAAUGAAGGUUGUUGUGGAUAUGAAGGAUACAUGUGUAUAUGCAGCUGUCUGCUUACUUUUUGGGUUAGGUGUUUAAUUUUAAUAUACUUUUUGUAAACUCUUUCUGCCUUAGUUUCUUUAAAUUUUCUAUAUAGGUUUUCCUUCUGUUUACAAAUUAAAAAAAAAUCUAUUAUUAAACAAGUAUUUAUUUUGUUUCACAUGUAUUUAGUUGGUAUAUGAUUUUCUAUAAUGUUUUUACGAUAAUUUUUAAUGAAAUUCCAGAGGUCAUCAACUGGUUGUUUAAUGUCUUUUUAUGAUAAGAAUGUUUGUUGAAAGUUUAUUGCAGCUUAGUGUAGUCCCAGGUUGAGCAUCUGUAAUUACCAGACGCUGCAGUAUUUUCACCUUCAUUCUACUUCUUGAGUGUACGCCAAUCUGCAAUACAUGACCAUGACCCCCUUCAUUUCUGCUUGCUCUCCAGAGGGAGCUAUUCAUUGAUUUAUUUUCCCAACUGUUGGUGUUAUUUUCGAAGAGCUUCAUGUACAUCAGUAUAUUUUAAAAAUAAAUGGGUGACAUGCAGCUUUCCUGUCUUCUGUUAGGCCACCAUACAGAAUGUCUUGUCUGAAUUGACCUUGUUGCACUCUGUUAACGUAUACAAGCCAGCCAAGGCGUCUACUACUGAUAAGAGAAGUGGAUAAAAUCUUCCAAAAAAAGCGAGAUAGUAUAUGACUAUAUGACGUUUAGGAGCAUAUGCGUAAUCGAAAACGAGAUUCCUUGUGGUAGACGCAGUCAGUAGAAACAAUUAAAAUCUGCACAAUAUUGAAAAUACCACACUUCGCCAGUUUGUACCAAAUUUGCUCCAAAUUAUAUAAAAAAGAAACAAUUUGUCGGUGCCACAUUUGCAAGAUCUGCCCUACUAUUUAAUUUGUACAGAAUAUAUUUAGCACUUUGCCUUACAGCCCUAUAUCCUGCUAGAGCACUAGAAGUAAUGAACUAGCCUAUUCUGACCCCAUUGGGAGUUAUCUCAGUUCUAAAUAAAAUAAUUCUGCGUUAGUAGAUUUUUUUUAAAACCCAUUUCCUGGCUAUUAUGUCAACGGUGUUAAAAUAUUGGUAGACAUUUUAGUGACGACACCGGAAAUUUCCGUUAUAACUUUUAAACGCUUUAAGGAAACUAAUGGACAAUAUUUAGGCAGACUUUGUUUUCACAAAUUAUUGUUUAUGUUUACAUUUCAGACUAGUACUCUAGUAGCGAUAAACAGUUAGAAUACAAUUUGCUUAACAAUGUCCAAAGUUGUAGAUAAAGAGUGUUUAGAGAGAAACUAUACUUUUGUUACAAAUGAGAUCGACGCUCUAGAACUGGUUGACCGUUUAGUUGAAAGUGAAGCCAUAUCAUCGAGUGAUAGAACACGUAUUGUUGAUAUAAAAUCAAAUAUUGUCAGGAAUAGCGAUCUUGUCAAUAUAAUAUUAAAUAGCAGCUCUGAAUAUGUAUUAAACUCUUUUUUGAAAUCGCUAGAACCAAAAUACAAACAUGUUCUGGAUAAACUCCAAGAGCAAGACCUGACUAAAGCGAUAAAAUCGUCGGGCAUGGUAGAGUCACCAUCGAUUCGACUCAUGACUACCGUAGACUUCCUGGGUACCUCACUACCGAGAUUACGAGAGGUGCUGCGGGCCAUCUCUCCGAAAUCACCAGAGGUGUUAAGGGCCAUCUCUCCGAAAUCACCAGAGGAGCAGGAUGCCAUCCCUCCGAAACUACCAGAGGUGCAAAGGGCCAUCCCUCCGAAACCACCAGGUAAGAGAUUUACUUAUCAACCUUAUAUCUUUAAUAUGGUACUUACUGUUCUGGUUUUGUAAUAUUAUAAUAUUUCAUUUGUCAAUUACUAAGAUUGUAAUAGAUAUUUAAAUUAUAUCUUGAUUAUAUUUCAAAAAAAGGAUAAUAAAUUUUCGUUUUUAAAUAAAUAAAGUAAUUAAUUACUUUUAGCUUUCAUUUUAAAUAGGAAUGUACAGAUUUAAUUUAUGAUAUAUU